ACCACAUCCUACCUCCUGCUGCCGGGCCGCGGGUAACCUGCACCCCGCCGGCCGCCGGGGUGGGCUGUGGUGGCCGAGGUGGAGUUCGGCCGCGGGGGCGAGGUGUCCUCAUGACUUCUCUCUCGGACCAUGUCCAUGAUCCUUUUUGCCAGCAUCGUACGGGUGAGGGAUGGACUUCCCCUCUCAGCUUCCACUGACUUUUACUACGCCCAGGAGUUUCUGGAAUGCAGGAGGCAGCUCAAGACCUUAGCCCAGAGGCUGGCCCAGCAUCCAGGCCGAGGCUGUGCAGAAAGUUGUGACUUCCGUAUCUAUUUUUCAUCAUCAGGGGACGUGGCCUGCAUGACCAUCUGCUCGCGCCAGUGCCCGGCAGCCAUGGCCUUCUGCUUCCUGGAAGCUCUGUGGUGGGACUUCAUGGCUUGCUACGACACCACCUGCGUCGGCCUGGCCUCCCGGCCCUACGCCUUUCUUGAGUUUGACAGUGUCAUUCAGAAAACAAAGUGGCAUUUUAACCACAUGAGCUCCUCCCAGAUGAAGAGUGGCUUAGAAAAGAUCCAAGAGGAGCUUGAGUUCCAGCCUCCAGCAGUCCUGUCCCUGGAGGACACAGAUGUGGCAAAUGGCAUGCUGAACGGCCACACCCCAGUGCACUCUGAGCCUGCUCCGAACCUCCGGAUGAAGCCGGUGACAGCUCUGGGUGUCCUCUCCCUUGUUCUCAACAUCAUGUGCGCGGCCCUGAACCUCAUCCGUGGAGUUCACCUCGCAGAGCAUUCUUUACAGGUUGCCCAGGAGGAAGUUGGAAACAUCCUGGCUUUCUUUAUUCCUUCUGUGGCCUGCAUCGUCCAGUGUCAUCUGUACCUGUUCUACAGUCCAGCCCGGACUCUGAAGGUGCUGCUGAUGCUGGCCUCCAUCUGCCUGGGCAAUGCAUACCUGCACGGGCUGAGGAACACCUGGCAAAUCCUCUUCCACGUAGGAGUGGCUUUUCUGUCUUCAUAUCAGAUCCUGACCAGACAGCUACAGGAGAGGCAGUCCGACUAUGGAGUGUGAUGAGGGCAUCUUGCAGUGGAUGGCACCUUUGGUUUUUUUCCCCCUCUGGAAGGCCAGUCUGUGUCCACUCCUGCUUCUCAGCUUCACUUCAACCUUCCAUCCUUGAUGCUCCCAAGGUCACAGAUUCUGGCAGGUGCAGCGGAGGACCCGGGGCUGCUGGUUGCAUCCUGGUCUGUGUGGAACGUUUGUGCAGAACCGCCAGCUGAGCCAGGACAGGGCAGCUGGAGCAGGAGCUUGCUCAGAGAGCAUCUGUGAUGGCCAGAGUGGCGGUAUCAUGCUCUCCCAAAUCUAAUGAUAACUUCAGACCACUAGAUUCCAUAAUGGUAGAUUUAGUAACUGGCAGGUGUCUGUGAGGAAACUCUUCAAAGUUGGCGUCAGUUUGCGGGUUCAGUGUAAUUCAGUUUUCCUUACGGUGUCAGCACAGGGUAAAUUAAAGCUUGAGAGUACAGUUCACAAACACAAGCUAGGUAAAUUUUGUUUACGUUUUUGAUAACUUGGGUUCGAUAAACUUUUGGAAUAUUUAAAUAUAUUUUGGAUAUAAAUUGAAGCUCAUUCAGAAUGAAGCAAAGUUAGGCUGAGAAAAUGCUAAAGAAAUUUGAGUUUAUUUAAUUACAGAGACCUUUUAUGGUGGUGGGGCUUUAUGGAUACCGAUGUGGUUUAUAUUUAUUUGCAGAACCUAUCUGAAUUAUGUAGUAUGGAUUAAUAACCAGUAUCACUGGAUCAUAAGCACAUAGGCCCAAGCAGAUGCGGGGACUUCAGGGUCCUCUCAGAGGGGCAGAGUGGAGGGGAAAGGCCAGGGUUUCAGAGAUCCUUGGCAGAAAUGGGGGAGGCUGCUGUUUUCGGCCUUUGUUGUGGCAGCUGGGUGCUCGCCACUGUAGCAUUGCUGGAGAUGUGGCCCUGCGCACCUCCUCCUAGAGAAGCCUCCCAAGUUAAUUAGUGCCCCAAGCCUCUCUUGAGCGUCUUAAUUAGAGCACAGGGCCUCAUUUUAUGGACAGGUAUGAAGUAGGUGUUAAUGCUCGAAAGCUUUGCGUAACUGGCACUUCUCUGUAAAGCUGCUAUCGCUUGCUUCUGGGUAAGAGCCCCCGUAUCUGCAGUGUGGGUGUCUGGUGGUACCCAAGAGACCAUGUUGGGGUUCACCCCUCUGGUUUGUUCUUGGAAUAUAUCCACAAUUUCGUGGGUUGACUCAUGAGGCUCCAAAAGUGAUAAACCCUAUUUUGGUAGUUUUUAAAGGAGAAAACCAUCCCAGAAGUUGCAGAGUAGCAGGGAAAGACAGAGUAUGGGGUUAGAGAAUCCUGUUAAAUUGUUGGAUGUUACUGGUACCCUGUGUUAAUCAGCCCCCAGGUGUCAUUUCAGGAAUGAGACUGUGUGACUCAGAACUGGAUUGAAAAGGUAUCUCCAUUGUAAUUUUCUUUCCUUAUAAGAGAAUUUUCUAUUUUUAAUCAAAUCUGCAAUGUCUGGGUAUGAAUGUCGUAUUGGCAGCUUCCUUGGAUGUGAACUUCAGCCUUGCGUCGAUGUUAAUCUCACACCUGUGUAGCACACCUGAGUGUGUUCAUGUCUACAGUGCAGGCAAAUGCUCACUCUUCCUGACAGAGAAUUUUGAAGUGGGAAAAAGGAAGGCAGAGGAGAAAGAAAAUUCUUUUCAUUCA